AUGAGCUGUGAGCCCUUGCGGCCGGAGCAGCUGGACACGCUGGUGGACUGUCUGCUCUUCAGCUUCAAGCGGCGAAUGGGCGAUGGCGGCGGCGGCCCCGGGGUCAGAGCGAGAGCGGGGUGCGGGCCCCGGGACGAGCGGGGGCCCCCGAGCCGGGGAGGCCGGGCCCUGCUGUGCUGCCCCGCCUGCCGGCAGCUCCUGAGCGACCCGGUCACCCUGCCGUGCGGCCACACCUGGUGCCGGCGCUGCCUGCAGCUGCAGCCCGCCGUGCCGUGCCGCCUGUGCGGGGAGCCGGCGCCGGGCCCCGAGGCGCGGCCCCUCCGGUCCAACGUGAUCCUGUGCUGCGUGAUGGACAAGUGGCUGCCGGCGCAGGGCCGGCGGGGCCGGGCGAAGGCCAGGGCCGAGGAGCUGGUCACCGGGGGCCGCUGCCAGGAGGCGCUGGAGCUGCUGCAGCGGGAGAUGGAGUUGGAACCCACUGAUAUUACACUUCGAGGCUACAGGGCUCAAUCAUAUGCUGGUCUUCAACGGUUCAAAGAAGCAAUUGAAGAUAUAGAAGUGGUGUGUUCAAGAAUGCCCAACUGGCCAGAGGGACACUUCAGAAAAGGAAAAGUGUUGAUAACUAUUGGUCAGGCAGAUGAAGCCUUACAAUCAUUUCUUCAGUGUUUGGCCUUGGAUGAAGAUUUUACUGCAGCAAAAAUAGAAAUGCGAAAGAUUUUACAAGAUUUGCUAUCACCUGUUCCUGAGAAUGUGAAAGAAGGACUCGAGGAAUCAUUGUGGAUAUCGCCACAACACCUUCAAAGUAAAAUGUUACCGGUUAAUUUGUCUACCAAUGUGGCCUGUAGUCAAACAUCUAGUUCAGCUGAGAUGAAAAGUAAUGAGAAAUUGUGCCAUGAAUCAGCAGUGUCGGAUGUGCCAAAACCUAUAGAAGAAUCAGAGUCCACAGAAUCCAUGUACCUGAGAAGAGCCCAUUCAGUCCAGAUCCUACACAGAGUGGAGAAGCUCGUUGGCCCCGCUGGCUUGAAACGAGUUUCUUCAGCUCCCCUGCUUUCAAGUCAAGACAAGGGAGCUCUAUUGAAAAGGAAACUGUCUUCCACUGAACAAGAAUAUUUGGGGAUUGAAGAUGGAAGGAGUAAACAUAAAAAACCAGAUGCUGAACAAUAUCUACAUUUAUCAACUUCUGAUCGAUCUAUCCCUGAAAAUCUAAUAGAUGCAUCGGAUUUUGAGUGUUCUCUUUGUAUGAGAUUGUUCUAUGAGCCGGUAACGCUACCAUGUGGUCACACUUUCUGUAAAAGCUGCCUGGAACGAUGUUUGGAUCACAGUGCCCAGUGCCCACUGUGUAAAGAGAGCCUAAAGGAAUACCUUGCAAAUAGGAAAUACAUUGUCACCUAUUUAUUGGAAGAAGUGAUAACAAAAUACCUAUCUGAAGAACUGCAUGAACGAAAAAAGAUUCACAUUGAAGAAACGGCAGAACUUUCAAAUUUGACCAAGAAUGUUCCCAUAUUUGUUUGUACAAUGGCAUAUCCUACCGUGCCAUGUCCUCUUCAUGUUUUUGAGCCACGGUAUCGACUUAUGAUUCGAAGAUGUAUUGAGACUGGUACAAAACAAUUUGGAAUGUGCAUCAGUGAUUCACAGAAUGGAUUUACUGAUUAUGGUUGCAUGCUGCAAAUAAGAAAUGUCCACUUUCUUCCUGAUGGGCGGUCUGUUGUCGACACAGUUGGAGGAAACCGUUUCAAAGUUUUGGAAAGAGGGCAGAAAGAUGGAUACUCUAUUGCUAAUAUUGAAUACUUGGAAGAUGUUAAGGUUGACAGACAGGAGUUUAUCAAACUUGUUGAUCUUCAUAACCAAGUAUAUUCACAGGCUUACAACUGGUUUCAAAAUCUAAGGAAUCGAUUCCGUAGUCAAAUCCUUCAACAUUUUGGGCCAAUGCCAGAAAGGGAAGCAGAUAUACAGGCCACUCCAAAUGGACCUGCUUGGUGCUGGUGGCUUCUUGCAGUUCUGCCUGUGGAUCCCAGGUAUCAGUUAUCAGUAUUAUCCAUGAUGUCCUUGAAAAACCGCCUGAUCAAAAUUCAGCACAUUUUGACAUACUUUUCUAGAGACAACUCCAAGUGACUAACCGCCUGGGCUUAUCUAAAAGACCAUCCAAUCCUCUUUUCAAUCAUAAUUUCGCUCAUUGCUAUCUUCUCACAUGCAAUCCUGGUUUCUGAGUGAGUGCAAUUAGAGGCAUAUAUACUUACAGGCACGAUCUCAACAAAUGCAAUCUAUUCUGUCAACUGAAAGUCCCAAAACACAAAAAGGUAACUACAAUUCUUUGCAUAAGAUAGAAGGUUGUAAUAGAACAGCAAUGCCCUUUAAUACCAUGUUUAAAAACUCUUGGAUGGACAAAAAUCCAGGGACAUUUUGCUUAGUUUUAAAGCAUUUAGACUGGACUAGCUGUGUUAGAUGGUAUCAGUUUGCAACACUAAAGAUGUGUUUUGUUCUUUAUACAAUAUGAUUGCCAUGAUUUGCACAAAUAUUCCAGAUUUUCUAACAAAAUUAGAAAAUUGAGUUAUUGAGUUUUCCAAUUCAGUAAAAUGGCACCACUGCUAAUGAGCAUACAUGAACAUUUUACUCUAUACCUGUCCAGUAAGUCAUAAAACAUUGCUGAAAAGUUUGAAUACAACAAAUUAGAAGUGAACUUUAAAACAUAGAUUUUUUUAACAUUGGGUACUUCAAAUUAUAGUAAAUUGUAGCUGAUAUAAGUACUUAUUUUUGUCUAUAUUUAAGUGUUCUGCUUACUGAAAAGAAAGCAGAAAACAUCUUUUUUGCACUUUUUUUUGUAAGUAGUAAAAUGCCUUACACUGUUUUUGAAGAUUGCACACUUUGUGGUCUCAUGAUUUGCAUUCCUGCUUCCCAUGAAAUGUUUGUAUUAUUUUCAAGUUCUAAUUCCAGUUUCUGUUUUUUUUGUAAACAUGCCAGUUGUUUGGCUUCUUUGUACAUAAAUCAUAUAUAAAAUGUUUCUACAGAAAUCCAAUCUCAGCUUAUGUAUUUAACAUGUACAUUUUAAAAUAAAAUGAACAUCAAAAACUGAAA